AUGUGGGAAUGAGUUCCCGGCGCUGCGAAGCCGCCCAGCACUUCUCCGCCUCCUCCUUUAAAAAAAAAAAAACUAUAGGAGGAGGUGGGGGGAACCAUACCAGCCUCCAUGAAUAGGCCGCAAAAUGGCUUCAGUCAUUUUCACCUACGAAAAACAAGUGCAGGCAGGCUGUCUCUUCACCCAAUUCCUCCGGACGAUCCAGCGGUGGUUUCGGCUGCGUCUGUCCGCUUUCUCAAAAUCAAAACACUUCCAAAUAUACAAAAAACUCUUCCAAACAAACAAAAAAAGACCCUAUACACAAGAUAGGGUCUUUUUUGUUUGUUUGUUUGUACCGGUAAGGAGUUAUACAAGGAAGACACACAUAUUUCCGAGCUGAGCAAGAAUCCUCUUUGAGGAGAGGUCUAGACUGCAGAACGCUCUGAGACGGGCAUCCUUCUUCGACUGAGCCAGGAUGCUGAUGGAGAGGUCCCCCAGUGACCCGCCGCGGGAUGCGGCGCACGGAACCGGAGCUGGAGCGGAAGGCGUCAGCGAGCCGGACUUGGGGCUGGGUUCCGGCAGCAGCAGCAGCAACGGCUGCGGCGAUCGGAGGCGCGGAGGAAUGGCUCUCUCGGGGGAGCCGGCCUUGCUCGAUGGGGUUGCCAAGGAAACGGGUCGGCCGCCCCCCUCCCCCGGCCCGGGCCCCCCUGCUGCGCCGGUGCCAGUGAUCGAGCUGGUGCGCAACGGCCGCCCUAUAAAAGCCAGGGACGCGCCGCCCGGGGCCCUGCAGAGCCAGAGAGAGCCAGACGCGAGCAACAGCAGCAGCAUCAGAGCUCCGCGAGCCGAACCGGCCACCGCCACCGCUCUCGGCCUCGCCACCACCGCGGGCACCGGAGCGGGCACGCCCCCGGCCGGUGGUGGCAUCGGCGGCAGCAGCGACGUCCGCAUGGUGCACCUCAGUCCUACGGCAGCCCCUGCGCUCCCGCCGCCGGCCAGAGCCAUGCUCUAUGGCCUCGGGGCUCCGCUCAGCGCCGCCAGCAGUGGAUUUUUUGGUGAACCCGAAAACUUUUCAAUGUACAACAACAACCGAGUGAAAAGAAGACCAUCCCCCUAUGAAGUGGAGCUCUCUGAUGGCCCUCACACAAAAGUGGUCCGUCGAAUAUUCACAAACAGCCGCGAGAGAUGGAGGCAGCAGAACGUCAAUGGAGCUUUUGCUGAGCUUCGGAAGCUCAUCCCAACUCACCCACCUGACAAAAAGCUCAGCAAGAAUGAAAUAUUACGCUUGGCUAUGAAAUACAUCAACUUCUUAGCCAAACUGCUCAAUGACCAAGAAGAGGAAGGGAACCAGCGGGGUAAAGUAAACAAAGAGACUGGCAUAGUGCAAGAAGACCUUCUUCAGGACAUGUUGUCCCCAAAUUCAAGCUGUGAAAGCUCAUUAGAUGGAGCAGGAAGCCCAGACAGUUUCACGGAGGAGCAUGAAACGUUAGAUCCUAAGCAUACAAGAGGCCUCCAUCAUUCCCUUCUUCCCAUCGAAAACAAUGCCCAGCGAUGAUGAACCAGCGCAGAGUAUCCCAGAAUACCUGAUAUCUGGAUUGUACGCAUGUCCUCCCUUUCUUCUUCCUUCUUCUUUAUCUAAGACAGCGAAUAAGUUUCUUUUCAACUUGAACAAGUUGAUGAAAGUAAAGAAUGAGUAUCCAGUGUACAGAACAAUUUCCUGCUUAUGUCGCCAGUGAAACAUAGGCCUUGCCAGUUGCGUUUUUGAAAAGUUUAACACAGAAGGGCUGAAAUAUGCAGGCAGCUCAUUUUGUGUUUGUUUGAGGUUUACAAAAGGAUUGAACUGAGACUUCAUCCUUCUGCUGAUUACCUAUGCUCUUGUUUUGCCUUGUCUCUCAGCUGUUUGGACCCAAGCUUCUUCAGUUCUGUGUGGUUGUUGACACUGAAUUUUUUUCAUGUUGUAUGGUGUGUUUUUUCAGGUAUCUUUGAGGAAAUGUACGCCACUCAUUUACCUUCACACCAGAGCUUUGGUGAAGUACUAAUUGGGAGCCACACAUAGUUUGCAUUCUGGUUUUUUGUUUCCUUUUUUUCCAAAAAAACACCUCCAUUCAUUUCACACAGGUCUGAAUUGUUUUGAGGUCUUGUAUUUCUAAUGUGGGUUUAAAAGAAAUGCUAAUGUGCAGUAUUUGCUGAACAAUAAAGGUACACCAUUUAAGAUUUAUUUCUCAACUUUUGACACUUCAUCAGAGGGAUGUUUCUUUCAAGCAUGGCUAAGCAACAGAGUCCUUGAAGGUGUUUACCUUCAGUUUCCCUGGUUAUAUUUUCUUUGGCAAAAGUGUAAUGAGAAAUGUUGUUUGUGUGUAUUUAUAUGUAAGGCUGGUACAAACAAUGUUUCAGUAAUGCACUUUGACUUGCUUAGAUUUACAUAUAUUAAGGUGAUAAGGCACAAUCCAAUUGGAGCUUCUUCUUCACAAGAUCCAUGGAAAUAAAUGGGAAAUCUCCAUGGAAAAUCCAUAGAAAGUUGUGUGUUACAUGGCUGUUUAGUAAAUGUGGUCCUGUUGAUUGCUCCAAACUGUACUAUGAUCCAUAUAUAGGAGUUUUUGCAGAAGAAGCUCCUAGAGGACAAUACUCAAGUGGUACUUUUCUUUCCAAAAGUUGCUUGGUUCCAGAAUGAAUUUGCAUUCUGUUGGAUAUUGUAAUUCUGUGAACAGUGGUAUAUGCAGCAAACCAUGAUGAUGCCAAAACAACAAUAUGAACAUGAUGUUGCAUUAUGCAAAUGUGUCAUUAUGUUCUAUUGUCCCAAUGUCUGAUACAAGUAUGUUAGUCACAUUUGUGUGACGACACUGUCACACAGUUUUGUCAUUUCCCUUCCUUGCUUCUCUGCAGGUGCCUAAAUGACUGUUUUCUGUGCCAUGUAUUCUGUCUCUCCAGCCAUUCCCUCAUACUGAUGCUGCUCAUCAUCUGAAGUACCUAUUCUACCUUGUUUCCCCCUUUUUACCAUUAAAACAAUGGCACUCUACAUUAUCAAGGGAGGACUGCUGAAGAUUGUGAAAUUAGUUUGAGAUUGGUUUUGGUAUAAUAUUUGUUGGUUACAGUCAAUCUUUGUUUCUGUGGAGUUUGUGAAAUCAUGAUUAUUCAUUCUUGGAUAGUUUUAUGGAAACAUUAUAUUUUCCAGAUGUGCACCUGAGAUCUUAAAUAUAUAUAAGCACACAUAAACAAGUGGAAUGUGAAUUUGUUAAACAAAGUGUCUGCAAAUGCAAGUAUGAUUGAAGUACCUAUGCUGGGAAAUUGCAUUUGGUUGACGUUUCUAGAUUUGACUUUGUGUUAUAAAGAAUGAUAGCAAUUUUAAUGGUUCAAGGCACGAUUCAGAACUUUAUACGUUCAUCCAUUGUUGACUAUCAAGGAUGCAGUGUAGAAAAUUUAAGAAAUACUUGUUUUUCCUUUUCAGUUGUAGUGUUCACCUUGUUAAUAAAAAAAUAUAGUUGCUUGGGCAUUGAGACAGAUGUAUACAAGGUUUUUUCCCCUAUCACAGAUUGUUCACGAAUUCUCUCAUAUGUGUAUAUAUGUGUUUGUUAAAAUAUUUUUCUAUUGAGCAAACAGUUUUGAAAAAAGAAAUAUUGUCUUUUGUUGUUCGUAUGGGUGGGAGUGAAAGACACAUUGCUUCAUGAUCUGCAUGUUGUUCCAAAAAGAUUCAAAGGUAUUGUGAAUAAUGUAAAAGUUAUUGCUGAGGAAUAAAUGGCUUAUUAACCAUUGCUUAUUAUUAAAGCCUCUCCCUUCAACAAAUCUAGAAACAACAACAAUAAUAGGAAGGGAUCUGUAGACUGGAAAUAGAACUUGGAAGUCAAAUUAAAGCAAUUGGAAAGCAUCUGAUUGUGAGUUUUAGGUUACAGACCAAAUUUAUUUACACUUUCUGAGAAGGGCAUGUUUAACCAGUGGUGCUCACUGGGGUGUGUUAUGUUUUAAGAAGAUGGUAGCUACAGUAUGACCAAAUUGCUCUUUUCUAUGUGACAAAAAUACAAAGGGAUGGGGCUUUGAUUGUACUGUCAUGGCUGCCAUCUUGUUUUUCUUUUUUUCACUGCUCACAUGAACACCAUGCCCUAUAUAUCCAAGUCCUUUCAAGGACUACUCUGCUAACAUGUGUCAUUCAUGGUCUUUUAUAGCCUAGCCAUCAUAGUUAGGGUGAGCCUUGGAUGGUUUCACCUUAUUUGUGCUUUCUUUAUUUUUAUAUAAUUUUUCCAUCUCUCAGAAGUGGAAUCACCUGGAGGUUCCAGACUCACCAUAUCUCUGAUAUCUACUACAAUCUUGGCCAGCAAUAGAUUGUUUACCCUCCUUUUGGGCUCAUUUUAGAUGCUAAUCAACGUUAAAAAGUAAAUACAGCUUCUUCUGGUCUUUUGGCCAAGGGAAAUUGAACAAUAAGUUGCUCAUCCUAAACAAAUAGCACGAUUGGGUUUUCUAGAUUGGUUAAUACUGUGAGAACAAUUCCAGAAAAAAAAUUUUUUUUAAAUAUAAUUUUUGUAUAGCGCUAAAGAUUUGUUCUUCUUUACAUCCCCCUUUUCUUCUUAAUCUAGAAAACACUUCUUUAAGCAACUGUAUGCUUCACCAAUUUGUAGAAUAUUUCUAGGGAACUUCAGAUAAUAUGGGUUACAAGAGUGCCAGUAGGCCAAGCAAAAAAAAAUAAAAUAGAAUGAAGGAAGAUUAUUAUGGAGAACAUGGUACUCAGGUCAGAAGUGGGACAACUUAAGGCCCACAGCUGCACAGAGGCAGGCCCCAAACCCUCAGAAAUUAGGCCCUUGAAAAUUGAAACCAACUACUCAAAAUAGGUGCACAAUUUCCUGCUGAUUUGUAUGCUUCUUGAAAGAAUAAGAAAUUUUAAUGCAUCUAAACCAUAUUCCCAAUCUCCAUCCCCAGUAUCCCCUCAAAAAUGGAAAUGCCUGGCUCUUCCACAAGUGUGACAUUAUUACGUUGUGGUUUUCAAUCAAUCCCUCUUCCAAAAUACAUUAAAUUAAAAGGGCAACAACCUCUCUACCAAAAGGUGCCUGACUCUGUUUUAGAUGCUAUUGUCUGUGGAGUGAAUGAUGUUUUAGCUUGUCAACCAUGAGAAUAGGUGUGGAUGGGAAAACUAAUUUUGGCCUUCUAGGGUUCAGUAGAUGCGAAUCUCAGUCCUGAAUGCACCUCUCCCCCCUUGCCCAGUUCAGCUGCUGAAAUCUCUAGUUUUAAAAUCCAUAUUGCAGAUGUAGGCUAUAGUUUCAUAUUAAGAUCCCUCACUGAAUUCUUGUGAAGUCUAUGCAGUGCUGACUUGUCCUGGACUAUCAUUUUGCUUUUGCCACACUUAGGACAAACAAAAUACAUCUCCUAAUUCUGAAGUCUGCCUGUGCCUAAAAACUAGAUUAUUGACUCAGAUGGCCUCUGUCACUUUAAUGAUAAUUAAAGGGCUAUUUCACACAUUCAUUCCUGAGAGGUAGUAAUGUUCACACAACAGACCAUGUCACUUGUGGCUAGUGCAGAAUUCUCUGUUAGUUUGCUAUGAUCUCAGCUUUCUUUCUGUUAUAUCUUUUGUCAAUUCAAUUAUGAAGUGGCAGGACUUGAAUCCUGAAACUAUUUUUUAAGAAGCAGGGAGAGGAGAUUGCUGAAGAUCCUGAUCUUUCAUGCUCCACUCACCCCAAUUAGCCCAAAAUGAUUAAUUAUUCUUACAAGAAAAAAUUAUGUAAUAUCCCAGAUCCAUUCAUUCUUCCGAAUGCACUUUUUAAAACAAAUGCAGUACAAUAACUGAAAUGGCACCUGUAUCAAACAGAUGCUUUCUGUUAGGAAAAUUAUAUGCAUAUUUAGAUGAGAGUAAAAAUUGAAUUGGCUCAUAUUUGUAUAAAUUAUGCAAAACUGAUUAACUUGAUGGAUAAUGUUACAUUUCUCCCAAUUAAUUAUCAAGCAACUAACAAUAAAAUAUACUUAUUUCAGGUUUUGUUUACUUAUGUAUUAAUUUACAAUCUCAAAUGGAUCAGCCUGCAAUAAAUCCCAUAUUCUAUUUUUAUUCCCAUACUCAUGGCAGUUAAUGUCAACAUUCCUCAGUUUUGUAGAUUUCUCAUAAUAUAAUAAUUAUAUCAUAAUAUAUAAAAUAAUUUAGCAAAUCUGUGCAUCUCAUCCAAAGUGCUUUGUACAGUUCCAAAGCACUUUGGAUGAGUUGCACGCAUUUGCUAAAUUGUUUAUAAAUAUGAUCUGGGAAACAAGCACUGUAAAUUUUAACUGGCUGCUCCGCCUGUGAGCUGAUUAAGUCCUUGGGUUUUAACAGGGCAAUCCUAUGCCUGCUUUCUCAGAAGAAAGUUGUAAUAAGCUCAGAGGAGGUUGGUCUGAACCAGGGGUCUCUAACCCUGGCAACUUUAAGACUUGUGGACUUCAACUCCCAGAGUCUGGGAGUUGAAAUCUACAAGUCUUAAGGUUGCCAGGGUUGGAGACCCCUGGUCUGAAUUACUUCUAAGCCUGCAACUUUAGUAGGCUUGACUGCAUCUCACCAGAGUUGCUGAACAGGAAAAAAAAAAAAAACAUGCCAGAACUGAAAUGUUUAGAAGUGAAAACCAAAACAUCCUUCUUUUUUAUUGUUAAUAUCUUUAUAGCCUUGUGGUGCAGGAUGUUGUAUAAACAAGUAUUUUUGCUAAAAAGUAUUGAUUUUCAAAUGUUUUACUUAGGUUUCCCUUUUAGAAAUGAUUUCUCCUUAUGCAUGUUCUUGUAUCUUGGGAAAAAUUAAUCUAGAUUUUAUGAAGUGUACAAGACUCAUCCAUCUUCUGUUUAGAGUAAAAUGCACCAAGUGAUAAUUUUCCAGUCUUUCAAAUGCCUUCCAGAUGUUUUGAAACUCUAACCUCCCAAAUUCAUUAUCUAAAAUAGACUUCAAGGUAGGAAAUACUGUAUUAUUCAUUGACCAAAUUCAGUGGCAAUAUUCUGACUUUGCAAAAUAGGUUAAUGAUUUUGGGGAACUAAAGGGGGCUACUUUGAAUGUGUCAGGAAUUCCUUCAGAAUCUCAAGCCGUUUCAAAACAUUUUCAAAUCAGCUUGUAUUCCUAUCUAACAGUGCUCUGUUCCAGGCUAUUUAUCUGUUCUGAGCAAGACAAACAAACAAAAAAGCAAAAUAACAUGGCAGACAUGAUACAAAGCAAUCUUCUAGAAAAAUGUGAAACUAUUCUCCAGAACUAUUUAAAUAGUCUUCUGUUAAAGAGAAGUAGAGUGGAAGUCUAUACUUAGACUGGUUGUUUCUGUAUUACUAUAAUACAUCUUAACUGAUUCAGCAAAUCUCUGAAACAUGUUGUAGAAUUGCAACUGUCGUGUUAUAACAAUUGAAAUUUGUUCAAGAGGCUUAUCAUAGAGGAAGUUUUUUUAAUAAUUUGUUUCAUGUCUAUGGGACAUGUCAUACCUCCUGUUAAUUCCAGUGGAAAGUAAAGGUAGCCAGUGUAGCCUAGAAUCAAACCCUAUGUUUAAUUUAAGGUAAUUGAAUUGCCUAGCAUUAAUGAAAUUUGAAGAAAAUAUCAACAUAGUUUGCAAGAAAUUUAAAUUGAAGGGAGGGAAAAAACAGAAAAUAUAUAGCUAAUGAAUAUGAGUGCAUAGCAGGUGGAAGAAGAACCAUAAUUACAUCUCAUUUACCGUUUGAGAAGUUCAAAAUGUUCCAGAAUUCCAAUCUGGAAUUAUGCAACAUAACUCUUAUCCCUUAUAAUAAUAACAGAGUUGGAAGGGACCUUGGAGGUCUUCUAGUCCAACCCCCUGCCCAGGCAGGAAACCCUACACCACUUCAGACAAAUGGUUAUCCAACAUCUUCUUAAAAACUUCCAGUGUUGGAACAUUUCCAACUUGUGCAGGCAAGUUGUUCCACUUAUUAAUUGUUCUAACUGUCAGGAAAUUUCUCCUUAGUUCUAAGUUGCUUCUUUCCUUGAUUAGUUUCCACCCAUUGCUUCUUGUUCUACCCUUCCCUUUGGCUUCUUUCCUUCCUCCUUUCCCCUCUUUACAUUCCAGGAGAUUUAUGCAUCUCAGUUCAGUAUGAAGGAUUUCUAUGGAUCAAUGUAAGCUUUCCAUACCUUUGUGUGUUCUAGAUCUAUUAGAACUAUUGGCUGGUAGGUUAUGAACUAUCAUUCCAUCCUAUCUGGAGGCCACCAGGUUGGUGAAGGCUAAUGUUUUUAAUAUUUUGUUUCUAGGUGGGAGGCAAGAAGAAUUAGCUUUAAAAAUGACUGCAUACCGUAUACAUAGGUAUUUUUCCAUGGAAUAUAACAUCCGUCUCUUUGUCACCCCCUACACAGGAAUGCUGGGGAUCUGUUGGCGUGUUUUAAAUUGUGCUUUAAUGGUACAGCUCUAGUUCUUCAUGUCUCUCCUCCCUUUCCUGCCCUGCCCUAUGUGUCUUGUGUUUGUAAUACGCUUUAACAUUUUAGGUUCUGAUUCUAAAGAAACAGCACUUUUGGUCAGUGAUGUACUGUGUAAUGGAUUCCUUUUAGACCCAUUUGGUUUUCUGGAUUUUGCCGCAGAAAUAAAAUAACCAGAAUUGGUACCUUUUAUUCUUAUUAACUUUGUACAGUCCACAAGAUGAUGAGGUAUUAAAAAACACAUUGGUUGUAAUGUGUAUGUAUAUAUAUAUAUAUAUAUAAAUAAAUACAUAAAUAUAUAUAUAUAAAAUGACUAUAUUGAGGAUAUUUCUAAAUAAAGGUUUGC